UGCCGCUGUUCUUUACUUGCUGCUCCAACCCCAUUUUUCAAUCUCUCUCUGAAAUCUGAAUGCUGUGGAUCUCAGCCACAACUCUGAAAAAGGCUUCAUCAAAUCCAUCAUAAUUGGUUCAAAGGAGUCUACUUUACUCAGUCUUCAGUUCUGUUCCCAAAGAUCAGUCUUGCAAGUCAAGAACCACAUCCUACUUCAUUACUAUACAGAAAAACGAGGAGAGCAAUCACCAUCAAUGGUCAUUGUCAAAGAAUCUAAAUUUCUCUUUCUUUUCGCAGCUAACUUCUGGAACCUGAAUUGCUAAGUUACAAGCUGGGUUUGUGCGUUGUGUUUGGAUUGCUGUGGCUUGGUCUUCUUUGCUGCUGAUUUCUAAAGUUUGAGAUACAGCUGCAGCCUUCAGUGGGACAACCUUCGCUGCUGAACUGCGUCAGACAUAACUGAAGCCUUCUGUAUGACUAAAGUCGCUACUGGAGGUUAUGCAAUGGACUUUUGCCGAACAUAUUAAUUGAGGUGGUUCUUGAGCAAGUGCCUUUCACUUGGGGUUUUAGGAGAUGAAAGGUGGAUUUAACUAUAACAUGAAGGGGAGACUAGCCUUUGUUACUCUGACUGCACUUAUAUGCACAACCAUAUUACUUUGGGCUUGGGAGAAAAAUCCUUUUGCUAAUACUCUACUAUUGGCCCGGGAACGGUUUCCGAUUCCUUCAAUAGAUUUUCUGGAGGACUCCCCAAAGAAUUCCUCAAAAUCUAUUGAGACAGAUGGGAAUCUACAAGGGAAGGACUUACCUUCUAUUAUAAUAGAAGAAACAAACGAAACACGAAAUCCUGGUGCUGCACCAAUUCAAGAGAAGGACACACCUUCUAGUGCAAUGGAAGAAACAAACAGAAAAGAAGACUCAGGUGUUGCACCAUCAGAUUUUGCAUUUUCUCCUAUAACAGACCAACAUAAUCUGAAUGCGACAUCUACCGACCAACCUAAAGUCUGUAAUUUUGCUAAGGGCAGAUGGGUUCCAGACAGCAGGCGACCAUUGUAUUCUGGGUUUCAUUGUAAGCAAUGGUUAUCAGCAAUGUGGGCUUGUAGACUGACACAACGACCAGAUUUCUCUUUUGAGGGAUACAGGUGGAAGCCAAACAAUUGUGAAAUACCAGAUUUCAAGCGAUCCGCAUUCUUGAGAAGAAUGCAGGACAAGACAAUUGCUUUUAUAGGAGAUUCUUUGGGCCGACAGCAAUUCCAGUCUUUAAUGUGUAUAGCAACUGGUGGAGAAGAAAGCCCAGAAGUUCAAAAUGUGGGAAAAGAAUAUGGCCUUGUCAAACGUCGUGGAGCCAUUCGUCCUGAUGGCUGGGCCUAUCGAUUUCCUAAGAGCAAUACCACCAUUUUGUAUUACUGGUCAGCAAGCCUCUGUGAUCUUGUGCUGCUUAACCGCUCAAACCGAACCACUGAUGUUGCGAUGCAUCUGGACCGUCCUCCAGCUUUCAUGAGGCAGUACCUUGAUCGGUUUGAUGUAUUGGUUCUUAAUACAGGGCAUCAUUGGAACAGGGGAAAAAUUAAUGGAAACAGAUGGGUAAUGUAUGUAAAUGGAAAACCCAAUGAAGAUAAAAGGCGUGCACAAAUUGGCAGGGCGAAGAAUUUUACCAUACAUAGUGUUGUCAGGUGGCUUGAUUCACAACUUCCAUCACAUCCCCGCCUCAAAAUAUUCUUUAGGACCAUCUCACCAAGGCAUUUCUUUAAUGGUGACUGGAAUACCGGGGGAUCCUGUGAUAAUACUACUCCAUUAUCUGGAGGAAGUGAAGUUGUCCAAGAAGGAUCAAGUGAUUCGGUCAUUGAAGCUGCUUUGAGAGGUACAAAGAUAAAGAUUUUGGACGUCACUGCUCUUUCUCGAUUGAGGGAUGAAGGUCAUAUAUCCCGCUACACCAUUAGAGGAAAGGCUGCUGUAAAUGAUUGUUUGCACUGGUGCUUACCUGGAAUUCCAGACACAUGGAAUGAACUCUUUAUUGCACAAAUAUAGAUCGAGACUCUGGGAAGAAGAAACCAAAUCUGCCACUCAUCAGGGUCCAAAUACCAUUUGUUUUCGGGUAUAAUUUUUUUGAGUUAUAAUAUUUUUUCACAACUUAUAGUGUUGAUAGAAAUGCAAUGGGAAAAGCACCUAUUCCAAUUCCAUUUUUUAUUAAAUUGAAUGGUAGUUGUUGAUCUAGGCAUAGGUUAAACAAUGAGGGUGUUCACCAAAUAGCCACUCGUGCACUCAGGACUCUGAAUCUGUGGGUAGCAGUCUGCCUGUUGUAUUUCAUGUAACGUAGCAACCAUUACUAUCCGGGUUGCUGCUAAUAUAAAGAUGCAAGAGUUUUCUUGA